UAGCUGGGUUCCCGCAGGGGAACCUGCUCGAAUGCUCCAUAAAUCGCAGGGCUGCCGUGUUCGCUGCCAUAUUUAAGGAGUAGAGUGGACCACGUUACGCGCCUCUUCUUCACACGAUCAUCUUAUCGGCUCCGUUCCUCGUGCUGGUUUUCCUUUAACUCUCCUACGGCGAUAAACCCUGGAGCUUUCUCAUAUCCCAUUAUUAAACGAAAAUUGCUUCUUUGCGAAUGCUAGGUUACUAAUACGCCCUUCCCUUAAUCGGAACUUAAAAAGAUAAUUAUAUUGCUUUCCCUGAUCAUUCCUUCGGUUUUCUUGGCUAUUUAAAUAUGUCAUGUGGUGCGCACACCAAUUGUUUCUUUUGGAAAGAAUACUCCACCGCAGGAGCCAAAUUGCCACCUGUAAGCCGGAUAAACAAUUUGCAUGGUCAAAAUUUAAUUAAGUUGAAAUUCUGGAAUAGUAGAAGAAUAACAUGCAUCAGCUCACCAAAAAGCUGGGAAGUCUUAUUUCAUGGAUUGAACUGUAGAAGGUUUCAUUCAACGUUCAUCAGGAAGUCAUUUAUUCCAUAUAUGAAGUCCAUGUUUGGCACAAGAUCUUGUGGGGCUGAUGGGGAACUAGAUCUUCAAGAAACGGUUCAAUUCAACAAGGUUAAGUGGCUGGAGAAAGUGCCGUUUAUGGUCAUUAUUGGAUUGCUAUCAAUAUUAGCCAUUCAGCCAGCUGGUGCAGUUGACAGCCUAAAAACGUGCGCUUGUUUACUCAGGGAAUGCAGGGUGGAACUAGUCCGAUGCAUUAGUAACCCAGCAUGCGCAGCAAAUAUUGCAUGCCUUCAGACAUGUAAUGAUCGGCCUGAUGAGACUGAAUGUCAGAUAAAGUGCGGUGAUUUGUUUGAAAACAAUGUUGUUGAUGAGUUCAACGAGUGUGCAGUAUCACAGAAGAAAUGUGUUCCUAUGAAGAGUGAUGUUGGUGACUUUCCUGUACCUAGCCCAUCUGCCCUCGUGAGAAAAUUCAAUAUCUUAGAUUUUGAUGGGAAGUGGUACAUAACAAGUGGCCUAAAUCCAACUUUUGACACAUUUGAUUGCCAAUUGCAUGAGUUCCAUGUAGAGUCGGGGAAACUCAUUGGCAAUAUAUCAUGGAGGAUACGAACUCCAGAUAGUGGUUUCUUUACCCGUUCUACUACACAGAGAUUUGUGCAAGAUCCUUCACAGCCUGGGGUUCUCUACAAUCAUGACAAUGAAUACCUGCAUUAUCAAGAUGACUGGUACAUUUUAUCUUCUAAAGUGGAGAACAAGCCCGACGACUAUAUAUUCAUCUACUAUCGUGGUAGAAAUGACGCAUGGGAUGGCUACGGAGGAGCUGUUGUGUACACAAGGAGUCCAAAACUACCUGAAACCAUAAUACCUGAACUUGUAAAAGCAGCAAAAAGAGUUGGAAAAGAUUUCACCAAGUUCAUCACUACGGACAACACCUGCGGCCCUGAACCUCCCUUAGUAGAAAGACUAGAGAAAACUGUGGAGGAAGGUGAGAAAACCAUUAUUAGAGAAGUUGAGCAGAUUGAGGACGAGGUUGCAAAGGUGGGCGAGACCGAGUUGACCCUAUUUGAGAGGCUUGCCGAGGGAUUCCGUGAAUUCAAACGGGAUGUAGAAUUCUUCUUGAAAGGCCUUGGUCAGGAAGAAAUGGAGCUUUUGAAUGAUCUCAAGAUUGAAGCAAGUGAACUGGAGAAGGUUUUUGGAAAUUCACUACCAUUGAGGAAGCUGAGAUAACUGGUUUAAUGGUCAUGCCAGCACAAAUGUUUAGGGUUGCUUGAUUGAUUUUGACCUGCUUGGCACUCAAACAAAGUCCUUGUGAUUAAGUUCAAGUAUAUUAACAUCUAUGUUGAAGCUUUGUAAAAGUUAAUCACCCAAAUUUCUUGAAGCUGCCACUUUGCUGCUUUCUUCACCAAGAAAAAUGCUGAUUGGAAUGAGCUGGAGCGGGUUGUACUACGAAUCAAGUAUUUGUUUUUUUGGAAGGGCAAUUUUUAGUAUGUUUAGCUACUGCCUAUUGUUUUAUCUACUUUUCUCUUUGUAGAAGACUGGAUUAAGAGGAAAUUAUAUAUAUAAAAAGCACGAGUUACUGAUUUGAGGC